UUUGGUGUGAAUGAUAUCCUGGUCCUUUCUCAGGCUCUGUGGGCAUUGAAUGGUGGGAUCCACAUCAAACAAAUUCAGCCCGCCAGACCUAAACCAGUUCCUCAAAAUAACAGUUCAUCCAUAAUAUCCGCGUUUGACAUGGGAAUCAGUGACGAGGAGUGGGGAAGACUACAGAAGGCUAUUGACUGGCCUAUUCCAGAUCAAGAAAUCACUCAUCUGAAUCAGAGCACAAGUCCAGGCCACUCAACUUUCUCUAUUGUGGGACUCAAAGAGAGUUACAAAGUGAGAGAAAAGAUCUCUGUUAUUAUCACAGCCAGAGACCACAACAAGAACCUGAAAAGACAUGGAGGAGAUUUUUUCAAAGCAAAACUUUUCAAUGCAGACCUAAAGGCGAGUGUGUACGGGGAGGUUGUGGAUCAUCGUAAUGGGACUUACUCUGUUGCUCUUCUUCUGCACUGGGAAGGUCAGGCACAAGUUUCUGUUCGUCUUGAGCACUCCAGUGAGGUUGUGCAGAUUCUUAAAAAAUACAGGGAGUCUUCAUUCCCACGCAGCCACUAUAAUGGCUACUUUGAAGGGCCAGGACUCAAUAAAACUAAGAUCCAUGAAGUAGUAGAAUGUAAUCUUAAGUGGGGUGCAGAUGGAAGCUGGAGGAAAGGCGACUGCUGCUGUGAGUAUAAGGAUAUAAAAACAGGGACGGUGUGGCAGUGUGAGAGACCUAAGGAACUUUCCUGUGACAAACUGGUUCAUCACUCAUACGGACGUUUGGAAAGCCCAUUACAUCUUUUUGAGCAGCAGCUUUUUACAAAGAAUUUAACAAAUGUUGCUAUUAGUGGAGACAAAAAAAUCAUAAAUGUCCUUCCCAACACUGCAUCCAUUGGCACAAUGGAGAAAUGCAGGUCUGGCAUGACGACACCGGUUCCUGCAGGAUUUUAUUUGAACGAUGUCUGGAAGUCUUUUGUAUGCAACACUCGACAGUUCAGUCCUGCACAAAUGGGAAACUGUCUUAAAAACAAGAUUGUCUAUUUGAUGGGAGACUCCACCACAAGGCAGUGGUUUGAGUACUUAGAAAGAAACGUGCCAGAAUAUUUUUCAAAGUGAUUGGCUCAUGCUGCAGUUGGACACAGUGAUGCGGGAGAUGUUCAGAGACAUUGAUGGAGUCAUCUUCUUAGAUGUCUGGCAGAUGACUUCCUGUCACUAUCUACGUGAACACAUUCACCCAAGACCUGUCAUCAUUGCUAAUGAAGUCAACAUGUUUCUCUCAUAUGUUUCUCCUAGCUGCGGCCUGUUCAACUGGAUUUUGUUCCAUAGAGAAAAUGGGAAACUAACCUGGUCGAGGGAAGGCUAACUGUCUGACUCUCUGGCAGGCUUCAAUAUUAUUUGACUUUAUUAACCACUAUCAGUCCAAAAAUUUAACUAUUCUCCAUAAACCAGCUGAAGUUCAGAGCAGGAGGUUUUGAAUCACUGCUCAGUAUGCAGUCUUUGUGAGGUGUUAUUAAUCUAAAGUUUUUAAUUAUAAAAGCUCUAUGAUUAUACAGUAUAGGAUCCAGCAGUUUCAUAACCAUAUAUGAAGGAAUUCAAAAGCAUGAUAAGACACAAACAUUUUGAACUACUAUUUCAUUUAAACACAAAGAGAGACAUCAAAAAUCAGUGCACGAAUCUCAACAAUUGUGAACAUAGGCGCCGAUUUAUGUUUCUGCCGGUGGGU